GCUUUUCACGCCCCGCCGUCCCUCCUCCAGCCGAGCUGCAGCGCGCGCUCUCUCUCCUUUAUUCUGCGCUUUUUCCUCCUCAGCCGCUUUCUGCUGCUGCUGCGGAGCCUCAGGUCUGUCCGACUCCUUCAUCUUCUUCUUCCUCGUUUGGGAAUUUUCUUCUCCGGUUAGACUCAUCCUCCUGCUCCAGUGUCAGCCAUGUUGGUGAUUUUGGCUUUCAUCAUCCUCUUUCACAUUAUUUCAGUGAUCCUGCUUUUCAUAUCAACUAUCCAUAGUUCAUGGUGGUUUUCAACAAAAGGGGACUUCUACACUGAUCUUUGGUACAGCUGCAACGUCACUUGUCAAGCGAUUCCAAACUGGAUAACCAAGGAUACAGGUUAUCUUCAGACUGUGCAGGCUACCAUGAUCCUGGCCACGAUCCUGUGCUGUGGGGACCUCUUCGUCUUCAUCCUUCAGCUUUUCCGUUUGAAGCAGGGCGAGAGAUUUGUCUUCACAGCCAUCAUUCAGCUCUUGUCUUCACUGUGUGUGAUGAUCGCCGCAUCCAUCUACACGGCCGAGCGGACGAGUUUUCAGGACUCGAGCGUACACAUGGGGAACUACGGUUACUCCUUUGUGCUCGCCUGGGUGGCCUUUCCCAUGACAUUUAUCAGUGGCCUCAUGUAUUUAGUGCUACGCAAACGCAAGUAGACGCCGACAACAGCCCACCUCAACAGGCUGCGACCUUCGCUAACAGAAUUUGUGUAAAUAUAUCUUUUUUUAAUGUGGAGAUCCAAAACAUGAUAUUGGGGAGAAAAAAAAACCCUAAAGAAUAAUAUGAAGCAUAAAAUACUGGAAACUAAAUUUGUUUUGCUUCUACACAAUAUAGUUUUAACCCUUUUUGGUUCUAAAUUGUUUUUUAUUUUUGGAAAUUUGAGGAAAAUUUUGAUGACAUUUAAAUGAGUUAAGAUUAAAAUUUGAAAUCGCAAAACCACUCGAGUUUUUUUUUUUUUAACUUCACAGUGUGAAUUUGGUUUAAAGGAGAACUGAAGUCAUUUUUAAACUUGCUUUAUUUCUUAAUGUGUUAUUCAAUUAUGUUUUUGGCUUUAGUAACCUUAUAUCGUGACUCGUAUUGGCAACGAAUUGCAAUUAAAUAUUAUACUGUUGGGUGGCACGGUGGUUAGCGCUGUCGCCUCACAGCAAGAAGGUUUCGGGUUCGAACCCAGCGGCUGGUGAGGGCCUUUCUGUGCGGAGUUUGCAUGUUCUCCCCGUGUCUGUGUGGGUUUCCUCCAGGUGCUCCGGUUUCCCCCACAGUCCAAAGACGUGGGGCGGCCUUGGGCUGAGGUGCCCUUGAGCGAGGUACCGAACCCCUGACUGCUCCCCGGGUGCUCUGGUGUGGCUGCCUGCUGCUCUGGGUGUGUGUGUGUGUGUGUGUGUUCACUGCUUCAGAUGGGUUAAAUGCACAGGAUGAAUUUCACUGUGCUUGAAGUGUGCAUGUGACAAACAAAGGUUUCUUCUUCUUCUAUUAUAUCAGCCUAUUCGGUUUUUAGCCAUGUUGAAUUUAGUUCGUUUGGUCCACGGCAGGCGUCGCUUAUCUGCGCGAUCUUCACGAGACUUGUGCGAGACUUCGAAACGUGAAGUGUCAGCCAGGUGUCAGUGCCACCGUUUUGAAAACUUUUCCAAACGAAAUAUUGCACAAAAACGAGUUUAAAUGACGAUUACUGCCUACUUUUUUCAAACUUUCCUGAUUGCUAUCAAAACAAACAAAACUUCCGGCUUGAUUACGUCAGCGUUCAAAAGAGGGCGCGUGCAUCUUUUGACGACGUUGGCAGAUGUUGGUCACUUUGAUUUGCGCUGUACGUUUUACUUCCGUCCUACGAUGUCUCGCACAGGUCUCAACGAAUCUCGUUUACGGCCAUUGCUUUGACAUAUGGACUGAUAUAUUACAGAGCAUAUUUCAAACACUCAGAACUUGCUAUAGCAGCGACAAAAUAGCUCAAAAAUGCAUUCCGAUAUUUAAUAAAAUGAGAAAUAGAAUUUUGAUGAUAAAAGAAUUGCCUUCAGUUCUCCUUUAACAAAUACGAUUUCUGACAAGUCAGAUAAAAAUCGUGCUGCCAAUUUAUCGAGCACCACAUCAUACUUGAAGCUGAAUAAAGCAAGACCAGAUGUGUACAUGAUGCCUUUUUUGUGAAUUUUUUUUUUUACUGUUCGUUUUUGAAUCAGAGAGUGUUUUUCUUUUGUAAACUAAGGUUGGACUUAUACUGCAUGUUCUAUUUUACCUGCAUUUAGCUUACCAAUAAUAUUAAAAGUUUAUAUUGUUAUUAUAGUUCACAAGGCCGUGUAAUAAGCUUAUAACAACAGAUUAGGGAUCUGGGUUUGAAGCCAAGAUUUGUGUUCGUAUAUAUAUAUUUUUAAAUUGUGUGUUCGACAGAAAUGGUUCAAAUAAUUAAGGAGACGUUUAUUUAUGUUGUUUUGUUUUUUAAUGAAGUAUUAUUUCAUUAAGCUUGAACCUGUUUUACUGAAGGCUUUUUUUUUUUAAAUGGAGUGAAAUCAGAAUGGCAGCUUUCUUUCUUUUCCUUUUUUUAACCCGUCUUGCUCGUUCUUUGUGUUAAGAUCUAUCCAAUUGCUUGUAUUUCCAGUGACUGAUCCCCACCAAGGGCUCGUUUUCUGCAUUUUUGAAAUUUAAUUAAAUGUAUUUUACUUGAA